AUGGCCUCAGAGAGUUUUACUCAAUUUCCAGCCUGCACUCGAGAGCAGUACGUUGAGACAGAACAGAUCUCAGAGCAUGGCAAUGAGACAGGACUCCUCAUCUGUGCUGUGCUGAAAGGUGCUGAUGCAGGAGAUGCAAUCUGCGAGGCAGCUUUCAUUGCUGAUGCUGAGAGACUUUUCAGCAAACAGGACUACACAGUCCACUUUGCUGAUCCAGAUACCUUGGUCAACUGGGACUUUGUGGAGCAAGUGCGAAUCUGUAGCCAUGAAGUGCCCUCUUGCCCAAUCUGUCUGUACCCACCUACAGCAGCAAAGAUCACCCGCUGCGGGCAUAUCUUUUGUUGGGCGUGCAUCCUUCAUUAUCUCUCCUUGGGUGAAAAGACCUGGAGUAAAUGUCCUAUUUGUUACGGCUCGGUUCACAAGAAGGAUCUCAAGAGUGUUGUAGCUAUGGCAACACGUCAGUAUGCAAUCGGUGAUGUCAUUACAAUGCAACUGAUGAGAAGAGAGAAAGGUGUUCUGAUAGCACUGCCCAAAUCUCAGUGGAUGAAUAUGGUGCAGCCUGUUUAUGUUGGAGAUGACCAGCACAGCCAGUAUUCAAAGCUGCUCCUGGCAUCCAGGGAGCAGGUCUUGCAGCUGGUGAUUCUGGAGGAGAAAGCAGCAUUGCUGAAGCAGUAUGAGGAGGAAAAACAUACUCCCGAGGCAUGCUUCAUUGAGGCAGCCAUCCAGGAACUGAAGGAGCGAGAAGCAGCGCUCUCUGCUGACCAGGAUAAAAACAGUGGUGUUGCUGGAAUCAGUGCAGCUGUGGAAGAAUUGGUCCUAGACAGCUCCAAGCCAAUGGAGCCUGCAGUUUCCCAGGAGAAAAAGUGUGAUGUGGAGUAUCUCUCUGCGUUUGACGAGGAGCUUGUGGAGCCUUGCUCUGAUGUAGCAAGUUCCUUUUUGCCUCCUGUUGAGUCAGAAGAGGCAGUGUUGGAUGAAGAGGAAGUACGUGAGGUGGAUAACAUAGAGGAACCUGAAGUGAACACUAGAGGAGAAUCAAAUCCAGCUGAAACAAGCUACCAGGGCUCUAAAGAAACAGUUAGCAGCGGACAUCUUAACAGCUCUCCUUUUUACUAUUUCUAUCAAGCGGAGGAUGGACAGUGUAUGUAUCUUCACCCCGUGAACGUUCGAUGCCUCGUUCGUGAAUAUGGCAGCUUGGAGAAGAGCCCAGAGAAGAUAACUGCAGCUGUAGUGGAGAUAGCUGGAUACUCGAUGACAGAGGAUAUAAGACAGCGUCAUCGUUACCUCUGUCACUUGCCCCUCACAUGCGAGUUCAGCAUUUGUGAACUGGCUCUGAAGCCACCCAUCAUCUCUAAGGAGACCUUAGAGCUGUUCUCAGAUGACAUUGAGAAGAGGAAACGCCUGCGGCAGAAGAAGGCUCGUGAUGAACGACGUCGUGAACGCAGAAUUGAGAUAGAAGAAAACAAGAAACAGGGCAAAUAUCCAGAAGUCCAUAUUGCUUUAGAGAAUCUGCAGCAGUUCCCUGCCUUUACCUCUUGCCAUAGAGAAACUACCAGCACUGAUCAUCAGAGCUUCUGUCUUUCUCCUCUUGGCAGAAGCCCUGUGUUUCAGACAGAUUCUAUUCCAACUCCAUUUUCUCCUGCUGCCAGCCAGGCCAGCCCGUCACUCUGUGGGAGUUUAGAAGAAGAGUCUCCGUUCCCAUCCUUUGCCCAGAUGUUGAGGGUUGGAAAGGCAAAACCUGAAACGUGGCCCAAACCUGCUCCAAAGACAAAGGAUGAGAACACUCUGGCACUCCCUGUGCCAGUGGAGAGCGAUGGAGAAAGUGACAGCUCUGACCGCAUACCUGUGCCCAGCUUCCAGAAUUCCUUCAGCCAAGCUAUUGAGGCUGCCCUCCUGAAACUGGACAAACCGUCCACAGCUGAUCAUUUAUCAGGUGAGGACGGGAGGCUUCCAAAAAUUCUGAAAGCAAGAAAAAAAUGA